UUCAAUGUUUAUUAAUGAAUUUAAUAAUCAUGAUUGUGUGUGUUUUUUUCGUUAGUUGGCUCCUGGCCUCCUGUUGCAGAGUUAGUCUCCCUGCUCUGAGUGUUCCUGUGACAGACAGGAGGGUGAACCCGCGGGUGUGCUGGUCCAAUGGGCAGCUCCACAUCCUGUCUGACUGAACUGGGUGUAAACUUUGAGUCGAGGCGGAGAGAAGGAGCCACUACAGCGGACACUACAACAGUGCUGGGACUCCGUCUGCGAGACACAUACUGGUGCCGCAGAAAAGUUGGAUUAUUUCUGGUGUUGAGGACAGAGAAAGAGAGGAGAGUCUGUCUCAAGAACAAUGUCUCACGGAAUUAUCUGGAUGUUUCCUCUGUGAUGCUCUGGAGAAACUUUUACUGGACGAUGUUUUCGCUGCUUUUGGGAGCUUUUCCAUGGUUUAAAUGCAGGAGAAACUGUUAUUCGUUGUUUUGGACCGGAUAUAGUGUGGGUUGGGGCAGAGAUGCGUAAUGCGCAGAGCAAGCUCCAUCUUCUCUCCAAAUAGGCAGCGUUCAAGACCCGAAAAUGUCUACGUCGGAGGUGAAGAAGGAGUCCGGUGAAUCUAGUCCGUCGGAGGCCGCCUGCCUCUGCUCUCCUCCGGCUGCCAAGAACCAGUGCGCCAGCUGCGGCAUGGAGAUCCAGGACCGCUACCUGCUGAAGGUCAACAACCUGAACUGGCACUUGGGCUGUUUGGAGUGUUCAGUGUGCAGAGCGUCUCUGCGCCAACACAACAGCUGCUACGUGAAAAACAAAGAAAUCUACUGCAAACUGGAUUAUUUCAGUAGGUUCGGCACUAAGUGCGCCCAGUGUGGCCGGCAGGUGUACGCCAGUGACUGGGUGCGGCGGGCUCGGGGCAGCGUGUACCACCUGGCCUGCUUCGCCUGUUUCUCCUGCAAGAGGCAGCUGUCCACCGGGGAGGAGUUCGGCCUGGUGGAGGGCAGGGUGCUCUGCCGCAGCCACUACAACAUCAUGCUGGACAACCUCCGCAGGGCUGCAGAAAACGGCACAGGACUGACUCUGGAGGGAGCGCUGCCCUCGGAUCAGGACUGCCAACCAAAACCAGCCAAGAGGGCGCGGACGUCCUUCACAGCUGAGCAACUGCAGGUGAUGCAGUCUCAGUUCGCUCAGGACAACAACCCCGACGCUCAGACUCUACAGAAACUGGCAGAAAUGACGGGACUGAGUAGACGAGUAAUACAGGUUUGGUUUCAGAACUGCCGUGCUCGACACAAAAAGCAGCCUCCUCAGAGCGGCUUCUCUCAGAGCGCUCCGCUGUCCAGGAUGCCUCCAUCGCUGCCAGACGACAUCCACUAUUCACCGUUCAGCAGCCCGGACCGGCCGCAUCUACUGGCCCUGCACGGAUACCUGGACACUCAUCCCUUCUCCGUCCUCGCCGCCCCGGGACACUUGACCCAUCCGUCCAUCUCUUUACCACAGCUUCCCAUCAGCCGCUGACCUCCUGCGUCUCCUUUUUUUUUUGCGUCGUCACCACCCUGAUGUUGUGAAAAAAACAAAUCCUUUUGGGACGUACUGUCAGUAUUCUGCUCUGUUUGGGAGUCUAAUCCCCCCGGGGUGUGCAGGACUUCUGCGAUCUGUUUCCAAUCAGUUGGAUUGUUCUUCGCUGUGAGACUGCUGAGCUAAACUUGUCUUUUAAAGACAGCAGACUGAGAAAUGUCCCGCCUACAUGCCAACAUGGGAGUUUUUUAAUUUUGAUUUUUUUUUUUUCAAUGAUGCAGAGAAGAAGACCACUUUAAUUUUAUUUUUUCUCUUUUUGAUGGGACACAAAACAUUGCAUCAGGUCAGGAUUUUUUUCCUUUUGUUUACCCACUCAUACAAGGUAUUUGAAUGAUAUUGCUGCAAUAAGAAAAAGGCGAGUGUUGUAGCAGUAUUACAGUAAAACCUCAGCAUUUGUUUUGUAUUGGUGAUGAGCACAUUUGCAUCUUUACUGUUGUUUGUUGUUGUAUUUGUUGUCAGAAAACUCUUAUUUAUUCAACUUCACUUUUAAAAAGAAGCACUUUUAAAUGUGUCUUGAAAUGGAAUAAUUCAGUGAUUGUACAUUGUAAAUAAUGCUACAGUUUAAUAAAAAUGUAUCAGAGCUGUUA